CUCUUCUUGUUGGUUGGUCAAGGCAAAUGCAAAUCACCGGCUGAAAGUCUUUUGGAGUCUACAAAGUAGUUGCUUCUUCCCAAAAUCCUUGGGAGGGUUUUUUCAUCUUUCCAACAAAAUUUUUAUGGGAUUUUGUAGCAAGAAAGAAGACAAUGUUUCAGAGAUUCACCUUCUUUCUAACAGCUCUUCUCAUUCCAUACGUUCUCCUUUUUAGCCCGUCCUCUGCCCUCAAGGAAGGAGAAACAUGCAUCGUGAACAAGAAUUGUGAUCCGGGAUUAAACUGCGAGUCGUGUCUCGCAAGCGAUAAUUUCCGACCUAGAUGCUCCCGAAUGCAACCCAUUAACCCCACCUCCAAGGUAAAAGGGUUGCCUUACAACAAAUACUCGUGGUUAACAACACACAAUUCGUUUGCUCGACUGGGUGCAAAAUCAGGCACAGGCUCCAUGAUUCUUGCUCCUUCAAACCAACAAGAUUCAAUCACAAGCCAGCUCAUUAAUGGUGUUAGAGGGUUUAUGCUUGACAUGUACGACUUCCAAAACGAUAUAUGGCUUUGCCAUUCUUACGGCGGCAAUUGCUUCAACUAUACGGCGUUCCAACCGGCGGUUAACAUUUUAAAGGAGUUUCAAGUGUUUCUAGACAAGAACAAGGAUGUGGUUGUGACACUUAUCCUCGAGGACUACGUAAAAUCUCCCCAUGGUUUAAACAAAGUGAUUGAUGCAUCCGGUUUACGAAAUUUCAUGUUUCCGGUAACAAGAAUGCCUAAGAACGGAGAGGAUUGGCCUACCCUCGAUGACAUGAUAAGUCAGAACCAACGAUUGCUGGUUUUCACGUCAAAUCCUCAUAAAGAAGCGUCCGAAGGAAUAGCGUUUCUAUGGAGAUACAUGGUGGAGAAUCAAUAUGGAAAUGGAGGAAUGAGAGCAGGAGUGUGUACCAAUAGACCGGAAUCAGCUGCUAUGGGAGAUAAAUCGAGAUCACUUGUUCUGGUAAACUAUUUUCCGGAUACUGCGGAUUUGAUUGGAUCUUGUAAACAGAACUCUGCUCCUCUUCUUGAAACCAUCAAGAAAUGUCAAGAAGCCUCGGGACAACGCUGGCCUAACUUCAUUGCAGUUGAUUUCUACAAGAGAAGCGAUGGUGGAGGAGCUCCAAAAGCAGUAGAUGUUGCAAAUGGUCAUUCAGUUUGCGGCUGUGACGAUAUAGCCGCUUGUAAGGAGAACAUGCCGUAUGGGACGUGUGAGAAGCAUGAAGAGCCGAAACUAGAUUCGAAACUCAUGAUGAUUGCGAAACUUACCGCCGAAGCGACCAAAGGCCAUGGUCAUCCAUCUACCAAACCGACCCAACUUGGGCUUUCUGUGUUUGUCGUAACCUUUGCCUCACUUCUCUCAACUUUUUGACCCUAAUGGUUACUUGAUACUUAUAUAUACAUGUUCCGGUUUGGUUCGCAAAUGAAGAACCAAUCCGGUUUAAGUCGGUAUGAUCAAGAGAAAGCCUAUAUUUUAUUUUGAAUAACCCAACCACACACACAAAAAAUUACAUUUAUUCAAUAAAUCACAGUUGCAAAUAUCGAAAACAUGAAGAUCCAUAAUUACAAACAACUUGGUUUUGGCUAGAGAUUACGAAUCCGGUCCGGGUUAAGAGCGCCGUAAGAUACAGGUGACGAAGCCUGACCGUCUAAUCCUUCUUGAUCCGGUUUAAUCCGGUGCGGAUCCUUGCCACAAGGGAUAUAAAAGAAAGACCUAUAGUCGGGACAUUUCUGUUUCCGCAUGAAGAAUUUAGCGCAUUCCCAAGGCGUUCUCUGAUUCGAAAGAUCUAGAAUACAGUUCAUGCGAACGUCUAGAAUCUUCCUCUUGAUAAGUUUCCGACAUUUUGGACCGACCUGCGUGAAGUAAUUGAACGAGAGAGAAACGUUCUUGAGGGCUGAGAGCUCGCAGACGAUCUCCGGUAUGGUGCCGUAGAACUUGUUUCUAGCCAAAUUCAGCUGUUCCAUCUUGUCUAGGCAUCCGAAAGAGUAAGGUAUCGGACCGGUUAGCUGGUUUAACUCGACAUCAAAAACCGUAGCUCGGUUAAGCUUCCCGAUUUGGUAUGGUAAACAACCGGUUAACGUGUUAUUCAAGAAAAGGACUUCUUGUAAGGACUUGAUGUCACCUAUGCUUCCGGGAAUAGGACCCUGACCUGUUGUUAGCAAAUGAAAGGUAAAGAGCAGUGACGGAUCCGAGAUUAUCGGGAAGUCUCUGAACAAGAUUGUUGUCAUUGAUGAAUAAGACGUCGAGAUCAAGAUUGAAAACCUGAGAAGGCACAGAACCUGAGAAAGAAUUGAAUCUGAGAUCGAGAAACGUGAGAUUCGUUGCUUUUAAGACAGAGCUCGGGAACUGUCCAGAGAGCUUGUUGUUGCUGAGGUCAAGCUCUAAGAGGUACUUCAAGUUGCUGACUUUUGGAACAGAGCCCACGAAAUUGUUGCUGUUUGCAUGGAAGAUGGUGACUUCAUCUAGCUUGUCGAGGAAGUUAUCUAGCCGGAGUUUCUUGCCUCCCAAGUUAAAUUGGUUGAACUGAAUACUCGCGAGUGCGAGAUUGUUCGUUCCCGGGAGCUUAGCGCACUCGAGUCCUAUGUAUUUUUCCCCAGCGCAAAUGUCGGUGCCUACCCAUGUUUUGAGUAUCUUCUUUGGAUCGUCUUCGAUUAGGUUCUGGAAAUUCUUGAUGACUGGAUACACUUUCUCUAUUAGUGGGCUUGAGAAUUGCAGCUGCGGUGGCGGUGGAGGAGGGAGUGGUUGUGGUGGCGGCGGCGGUGAUGGUGCUGGAGGAGGCGGUGGUGGAGGACAGUCUUCUGGCUCCGGAGAUGGAUCCGGAGAUGGCGCCGGAGAAUUGUAAUUGGGGCUUUCACCGCCGCCGAUGAUAAUUUCGAGAGCUUUUCUGUCGGUGAUGUGGCUGUUUCUGGUGGCUAGAAUUGAAAGAAAGUGAAGAGACAGAAUCAAGAAAAUUGAGAAAGAGGAAAUAUUAUAAUUUGGGGCCAUUGGUGCUAGACUAAUGAAAGCUUUGAGGAUUGGCGUAUAGUUAGAGAAAGGUAAUAUAGAGAGAGUGAGCAAAAGUGAAUGACAUUGAGAUGUUGAGAAGUCAAUGCACAUGUUUUC